UGUAUCUUACUGGGACACUGUGAAGAUCUCCCCUGUUGGUUGCUGAGCGGUCGGGUGUAUUGCUCUACACUGCGCACCCCCAGGGGCCCACGACCGGUCUGAACUGGAGAUAUCGUUCUGUGGCGCCCUCCCGCGCCGGAUCUCCUUCUCCCUGGGGCGGGACGAUUUCCAGAGGCUCCGGUCACUAUGAGUGAAUCAUCCUUUAACUUAAUAUCUGAGAAAUGUGACAUCUUAUCGAUUCUUUGUGACCAUCCAGAAAAUAGGAUUUACCAGAGGAAAAUUCAGGAACUCAGCAAAAGAUUUUCUGCUCUACGAAAAACAAAAGGGGAUGGGAAUUGCUUUUACCGAGCUUUGGGUUAUUCCUACUUAGAAUCACUUAUUGGAAACAGUAGAGAAAUUCUCAGGUUUAAGGAACGUGUGCUACAGACCCCAAAAGACCUUUUAGCUGCUGGCUUUGAAGAACACAAAUUCAGAAACUUCUUUAAUGCUUUUUACAGCUUGGUUGAAAUGGUGGAGAAAGAUGGCUCUGUUUCCAACUUGCUGAAGGUUUUCAAUGACCAGAGCUUUUCUGAUCGAAUCGUCCAGUUCCUUAGGCUUCUCACCUCUGCGUUCAUCAAGAACCGGGCAGAUUUCUUCAGGCAUUUCAUUGAUGAGGAGAUGGAUGUCAAAGACUUCUGUGCUCAAGAAGUGGAGCCCAUGGCCACAGAGUGCGAUCAUGUUCAGAUCACGGCUCUGUCUCAGGCACUGAACAUUCCUCUUCAAGUUGAGUAUGUGGAUGAAAUGGACACCGCACUGAACCACCAUGUAUUUUCCGAGGCUGCCUGCCCUUCCGUUUAUCUACUUUAUAAAACAUCACACUACAACAUACUUUAUGCAACUGAUAAAGUGGGUUAAUUUUAGGCCCUGCGGUGUAGAGUGUCACACGACAGGACUCCAUUCUAAUAGAGCAUUCUGGUUUUGUUUUUUUUUUUAAUGAUUUAGAUGUUUCAUUAGCUAGAAGGAAAUGUACAGCCUUUGGGGACACAUCACUUACAAGGUUGUCCCCAGGUUCUGUAUUGGGUGAUGCCAAUUAACCCACAGAAAGGCUGCUUUUUACCUCAUCUAGAUCACCUGUCAUUGACUGACUUCUGAUAACAUUAAUAAUGUUUGUUUUGGCUACGGACCAAAUGUUUUCCACCUCCGACUGGGUAAAUGGUGUGAGAAAAGAGCACUUGAUGAGCAAUCGGGAGACCUGGGUCGGAAUCCUGGCUCUGCCACUCACUUGAUGCCCAUUUUUUAACAAAUCAUUGGCUCUCUGGAGCUCAGUAUCUGCAUCUGUAAAAUGGGGCAGGGUGGGUGAGUAAGCAGAUGUUGAAGAUCUCAUUUUUCCACUUCUUAAUAUUAUGUGGACUAUAGCUGUUCACCAAAGGUAAUCCUUCACAAGAAGAGACAGGGAAAAUUGUUUCCACAUAUGAUAUUUUGAUUGCUAGAGCCCCCAUCAGAGCCAAAUCAGUUUAGGAUCAUUAGAUUUAAUGUUGAAAGGGCCACCUACCUGAAAUCAUAUACUCUGGGAUCUGGGAGUUCUUAUCCUGGGGUCCAUGGAUAGAUUUUUAGGAGGAUUGUGAAUUUAAAUGAGAAAAAAUAUUAUGUGUUUAUUUUCACUAACCUCUCACCGACAUUUAGCAUUUCCUUCAAUUUAUCUUUCUUAUUCUGAGAAUAGGUCUGUGUGCUCCACCAGACUGUCAAAACUGUCCAUUAUAUAAAAAAGGUUUAGAAUUGUACGGAUAGGAAAACUGAGGCCCAGAAAAGUCAAAUGACUUGCCCAGGGUAAAAAGGGCAGAGCUAGAAUGUAAACCCAGUCAAGUCUCCUAAUGCCAAAGCCAGAGCUCUUCCCACUGAUUGGUUAGUGGUCUGACAUCACCUUUUAUUUAAGCUGAAUGGCCAGUUCAACCAGGAGGAGCCACUGAGCAGGCAUACACCAUAGUAUGUACAAACAGAAGAAAUUAGGCCUGUGGUGGAGUCUGCCAAGCUAGGCGUCCUUAUCUCUUCAACAGUGUAUCUGUUUUGAUUUGAAAAUCAGCUUGAGAGCACAAUGAAGAGCUACGCUCUCACUGGGCCCAAAGAUAUCCAAAUUUCCAGGGGCAGUUGAGUCGAGAGCCCCGCCCCGCCUCCCCCCCCCAUACUACAGCCUCUAACUGAGAACUAACUUGGUUUGUUUCUAAAUCCUGCUCAUUAGCAUAGGACUGUAAAGUCCUAUGGUGGCCCUUAGAGGCCAUCACAUCCAUCGCUCCCCUUCUGCAUAUGAGGAAACUAAAAAGAAGUGAUGUUUGCCCAAUGUCACACAGCUAGUGUCUGAGUCAGAAUUUGAACCCAGGCCUUCCUGACUUAGUUCAGUGCGCCCCACAUACUUCACUAUGGUACCUCUAAAACACAGCAACCAUCAUUUCCAGACAGUCUUCUAUCUAAGUACUAACCAGGACCAACUCUACUUAGAUUCUGAAAAAAGAUGAAAAUCAGGCAUAUUUGUCAUCUAGCUCUAUGUGUCUUCCUGACCAGCUCCCUUAACUCCCUUACCAUUUCUGGCUUAGGAAACUGAAGCAAACCAAUGAAAAAUGGUGAGGAGGCAGCUAGGUGGGACGGUUGGAUAGAGUGUUGGGCCUGAAAUCAAGAAGACACGAGUUCAAAUCUAGCCUCAGACAUUUACUAGCUGUGUGACGCUGGCCAAGUCACCUCUGCCUGCCUGUUUCCUGGACAAUAAAGUGGGAAUCAAAAUAGCACCUUCCUUCCAGGAUUGUACAAAUGAGAGACUAUCUAUAAAGUGCUUAGCACAGUGCCUGGCACAUAGUAGGUGCUAUAUAAAAUGUUAUUUUAAAAAAAAAAAGGAACAGCACAAGAGACCAAAUUUCAGCACUAAAGCUCCCUGAGAAGAGAGUCUGGUGAUUAGCCCUUAGGAAAACAUUGAUUUGGGUUCACAACCUCCAAGGCCGGUAGUAGAAAGAAUACUAAAUGUGGAGUCAGAGGCACUGAAUUCAAAUUCUGCCCCUUCCUUUCUAUUCUUAGGCAAAUCACCACUUCUAGGCCUAUUUCCUCAUUUGUGAAAUGAAAGGGUUACAUGCUAGAAUCUCACAGGACUGUUUUGUUUUGUUUUUGUUUCUUUUUACAGGGUUUUUGUUUGUCUUUUUAACUCUUCAUCCUAUGAAAUCAUAAGUAAUUAUCAAGUUUUCUUCCUGUCCCACUUUUUAUACAACCAAAAAGAAAACUAGGCUAG